AUGUCAAUGUCAUAUCGGGCACCUCUAUUCUCGCAGGUUCCCACCUACGCUGAAGAUCCUGAACAUGAACUGCACCCCUUCGCAAGAUAUCGCCCCGCAUCGUCUCCCCUUGGCCAUGACCCGGAUGCUCAAGUCCACGUGCCGAUUCCUUCAGACCUUGCAGAUGCCGCGCUCGACCCCGACUCAAUGACAGGAUGGGAUUUCUUUGAGAUGGCACUUUUAACCUGUAGGUUCCCUCGCCUCGCACUAGUCGAAGUCUUCAUUAACGCGCACGUUUCAUAG